AUGAGCCAACGCCAUUGCCCCUCCAAGAAACGGAUUGAGAGGUUUUUCCUGCAGCAGGGUUGGAAACAUGCGCUGCCAAACAUCGACCAGAUCACCCAGUCGUGGAAACCAGCCGAAGAUCCGCUGUCUUCUCCCAGAAUCAGGCAUCUUGUCAGUAGCCAACUAUGGAAGGGUUUGGAGAUCAAGAGCAUUCCUGAUAAGGGAAGAGGGGUAUUCACAAGGCGUGCAUUCAAGAUGGGCGAGGUAGUGUGCGACUACCAUGGUGACCUUCUCACCGCAGCUCAAGGUCAGGCUGUUCAUGAGAGCACCAUUGGAGAGGAGACGGGCUACAUGUACUUUUUUCUAAACGAAGACGGAGAGAAAAUGUGCAUUGAUGCACAUCAGAAGUGUCAAUGUCACCCAGAUAUAGACGUAAAAGGCAGGCUCAUUAACCACUCAAGAAAGCCAAACCUCAAGCCUCUUUCUAAGAGGCUUGACUUGGAUGGGGAUAAGAGAGAUUAUAUCCUCUUUGUCGCAAAGCAGGACAUCAGCGAAGGGGAAGAACUUACCUUUGAUUAUGGUGUAAAUAAGUUCCAGUUUGGUGAGGCCAGAGACCUUGACUGGCUCUGA